UAACUGCAACUGCGGGCGUAUGCCUAAGAGGAUGAGGAACAUAGAUUGGUUGACAUGUUUCGCGCGAAAUUCAUUUAAUUGAUUUGUUGGUACUACUGUCUGGAUUUUUUUUUAUUAAAAAGGAAAAUCUUUAUUGAGAUCUUUAUCUUCAUGAAACUACAAUAAAACGCACAAACAUAUAGAAUUGAGUAACAUUUAAAGUUCGCGUCAGAAAUAUUAAGGCAGAUUCUCGAUCCACAUUUGCAACGUAUCAAGAAAGAGUAGCUCAAACAAUGUCGUCGUUCAAUUUGAACGAUCUUGAAGCACAAUUACAAGAUGUUACUGAAAAUAAUGCCGGUAACGGUGUCUCUUUCGCAAAGAAAUCGCUUAAACUUGAUACUGAAGAAGACGCGUUGGAAAUAGUCAAAGCAAUACGAGCAUGUACAAAUCUGGAGUAUUUAGACUUAGAAGGCAACACUUUAGGACCGCUUGCAGCCAAAGCUGUAGCUCAGGCAUUACAAGAAAAUGGUACAUUAAUGAAACGUGCUCUUUGGAAAGAUAUGUUUACUGGCCGUGUAAAGACAGAAAUACCAAAAGCUCUUGAAUAUCUUGGCUCUGCACUGUGUAUUGCUGGUACCCGCCUCUUUGAACUUGACUUAAGUGAUAAUGCUUUUGGCCCAAUUGGUAUUGAAGGAUUAGCCAAUUUCCUAACUUCUAGUUCUUGUUACACUCUUCGUGUAUUAAGAUUAAAUAACAAUGGACUUGGAAUAUCAGGUGGAAAAAUAUUGGCAAAAGCAUUAUUAGAUUGUUAUAAUAAUAGUUUCCAGGGAGGAUCACCUGCCUUAGCACUAAAAGUAUUUGUGGCUGGAAGAAAUAGAUUGGAAAACGAUGGUGCAAAGGCGUUGGCAUCUGUUUUUGAAAAGUUAACUAGUUUAGAAGAAGUUGUUAUGCCUCAAAAUGGUAUAUACUAUGAAGGUAUAAUAGCACUUGCCAAUGGAUUGUCUUCUAAUCCUGGAUUGCGAAUUUUAAAUCUCAAUGAUAAUACUGUUGGGCCAAAAGGAGCCCAAGCAAUUGCCAAAGCAUUACCAAACUUUCAAAAUUUAGAACAACUUAAUCUUGGCGAUUGUUUGCUCAAAACACAAGGUGGUGUAGUUUUAGCAGAAGCGUUAGGAGUUGAAGGGAGUUAUCCAUUACUUGCAGAACUUAAUUUAAGUUACAAUGAAAUCAGAACAAGGGGUGCCAAUCCCAUAGCUCUUGCUAUGGCUAAGAAAGAACGUCUUGUAACCCUACAAUUGGAUGGAAACCAUUUUGGUCAAACUGGCCGUACUAUUUUGCGCGAUUCGCUUAUAAUUUCUGAAAGAAUUGGAUCCUUAGGUACAUUAAAUGAUGAUGAGAGCGGAGAUAAUGAAGAAUCUGAUGAAGAUGAGGUGGAAAAUGAUGAAGAAAGUGAUGAAAAAGAUGAAAGUGAAAAUGAAAGCAAAGAAAAUAUAGAUAAUAACAAGGACAUGAUUAUAAAUGGCAGCAUAGUACCAUCAAAAGUAACUAUUGUGGAAUUUUUAAAGUCACCAACAGGAGAAAAAUUAUUGCUAUUACCAGAUGAUGUAGUGCAAGAUUUUAUAACUCACGCCAAAAAUUUGUCGGAGAAUGAUACAUCUCCUGAAUUAAAAUUCAUCGAAGAGUUUACAAGAAUAAUUAUGAAAGUAUCAGCACUCAGUACGACUGGUUAUGCUGACGUGAGACUAAGAACUCAGUAUCUUACAGAUGCUUUAUAUUCAAAACUAUGUUCUUUUGUAACAGAAAAUGAUCAGAUUUCUGUUUGGAAUAACACAUUGCUAGUCAACCUAGGUUUAAUAAAAGCUGAAGAUAAAAGUAGUGGGAAAAUUGAUUGGAAUUUGGAAGGAUGCUUCAAAGCGUUAGAAACAGUUAGUCAAAAAGAUUAUUUUUUACAAGAGACACGAAGUACAUUGAAAUUUUUUUUAGAAAAUCCAGUAAAAGUGAACAAAAAAAAAGUUAUGGAUUCGUUUGAAGAUUCAAAAGACUCUCUUAAAGCUGUUCUAAAUCGUAUGCAAAGUACGUAAUAAUUAUUGAAUUAUCUUUUGUAUAAUUGGUUUACAAAACAUAUGAUAUAUGAGAUAUAUCUAUUUAUUUUUAAAUGCUUUGCAACUUGUAAAAAUACAAAUUAUAAAUUUUUGCAAAAUAAAAGUGUUGCAUCAAAUUUUUACAAAUUUUUUUAUAUAUAAACAAUUACAUUACUGUGCACAUUGCGAUUUUCUUUUUCAUUAAAGUAAAAAUCUUAAUUAUAAAUACAAAUUCCUAGAUUACAAAUACCAAAAUUGUAUUAAACUGUUCAGCGAGUCGAAUUAGUUGAGGCAAACAGACACACGUGACUAGGUAGGAGCGUAUUUACAACCUUCGGAUACUACAGAAGAAAAUAUUGGUGCUUUGUUCCUCAUAUAUUUAACUACUUGGUAUAGUAAACAUUUUUUGGUUUACACAAAAUAUUUUAAAUUUUGACAGGGUUCUCAGUUCACAUCGUACAUUAUGCAUAUCAUAAACCUGAGAAGUCAAAGGAGAAAAGAAAAAUCAAUAUCUACCAGCCAUUAACUAGAGUCCUUUGUAUCUAUCAUAUGCUUAGCAAUCCUAGCACACGGAUGUUGUUUACCUUUAUUGACUCGACUCAUUGAACAGAGUAUAGAACUCAAGUAAUGAAUACAAAAGUUUUAGUUGAAGAUAUCUUUAUCAACUUGGAAUAUAAAAAACAGGUCGAAAUUCUACAGAAUAAAUAACGUUUAUCAAUAAAACUUAACGUCAAAUGCAUUAAAAAUUAUUAUGACUCUUAAGAAUUUCUAUUACCAUAAGAAUAAGAAUCUUGAAUAAAACUCCUAGUAAUUAGUUAAUUAUAAUAUCAUGGAACUUUUAUUCUGUUAUUGACAUGAGGUGUAAGUGUUGUCCGUGAUAAUUGUAGCUGCUGGCUGUAGAUGUCGCUGAUGGAGUACUGCUGUUUUUCUUUAAUUUUUAAUGUGUAGGACUCCGGUCGCCGGGAUUCGAACCCGGGUCCCGAAUGUUCGUAACCUAAGGCGCUAAUCACUGAGCUGCAGUUGUCCGACACUAGUUGAUGUCGAGUGGUGGUAUUUGCUGUCGAGUGCCGCCACAGACAUUGCAGAUGCAGGAUUCCAACCAGGUUGAAACAAAUCCACUGCUAAUGGUGUACAAUGCGAUGAUGGUUGAUCCUUCAUAUACAUUGUUGC